CUGUUCUGGUUUCUGUCGGGAGCAUUUUAUCUCAUAUCCAACCAAACAUAUAAAAAAAAUGGUUUCACAACCAUAACCUUUCUCCAUCUCUCUUUGACAUCUCUUACAUUGGUGAAACACAUGCAGAAAGUGGCUGAUGAUUCGGUGUCUUGUUUUGUUUUCUUUUGAUUACAGAUGGAUGACAGCAACGCGCCUUCACGUUACGUACGGCUUACAAAGGAAAAAGAUCCUCUUGAAGAUAUCACCCCUGGAGAACUCAAUCAACCCAUUCAAGUUCCUGAGUUAAUAGUUCAUAGAUGCCCUGAAUGUGGGCAACCUCUACCUGAAUGCUAUGAGCCACCUGCUGAUGAAGACUGGACAACUGGAAUUUGCGGCUGUCUUGAGGAUACUGAGAGCUGCCGGACUGGUCUCUUUUGUCCAUGUUUGUUGUUUGGGCAAAAUGUUGAAACCUUGAGAGACGAUAUUACAAGGAGCGAUGCAUGCUUUUGCCAUGCUUUAUGUGUAGAGGGCGGAAUGGUGGUUGCAGGAGCAACUCUACUCUUCCAUGGAAUUGACCCUAAAACAUCGUUUCUCAUUUGUGAGACCCUGGUUUUUGCUUGGUGGUUGUGUGGCAUCUAUAAUGGCUUGUUUCGACAAUCACUACAGAAGAAAUAUCAUCUCAAGAACUCACCAUGUGAUCCCUGCAUGGUUCACUGCUGUUUGCAUUGGUGUGCCUUGUGUCAAGAGCACAGAGAGAUGAGGAAUCAUCUAUCUGAUAACAGCGAAACGCAAAUGACCAUUGUUAAGCCUCCUCCAGUGCAAGAGAUGAACUCUGAUGAUCGUAAGCAGGAGUCUGCAGCAGCAUCAUCAUCAUCUCCAUCUGCAUCAUCUUCUGGAACUGGUGAAAACAUAAAGUUGGAAAUACAGCCCGUAUAGGAUUUUUCGACCAAUUAUCAAAACUUCACUUCUUUCUUCUUUUUUUCCAAGGACAAUCGAAGCCAAGCAACUGAAUUUAUUGAUUGGUCACAUUGAUUUGAACAAAAAAACUAA